GAGUCAUCCCGCAAAAAAAACCACUCUCCCUCUACUUUUCUGCAGUGCUGCGUUAUUGGCGAGUGUAAGCGGAGGUAGAAAUGGCGGACAGCGAGCCGACGCAGCCACAGCAAGAAGAAGAGCUGCCCCAACAGCAGUCUGAGGACACAGCAGCUCAGUCAGCCGAGCAACAGGAGACGGCAGCACCGCAGCAAGACGAACAAGGACGAGGAGGAGAGGGACAAGGAGAGACUCAGCCGCAGGAGGAGGUACCAGCGGAACAGCAGGAAGGGAACGAAGGAGGCGGGGACGGCGCGGCCGAGACAGAAGAACCCGCACCCGAAGAAGAGAAGGUAACCAUCACGCACGAGGACCACCCCAAGUGGCUCAACCCCGAUCAGUGUCUUGCUAAGGGCGUCCCAGAAGAUCGAGUCACCGCUUUCCAGUAAGCCACUCCCACCAAUUUAGUUUAUAUAUAGACCUCGUUAAUAAUUAUGAACAAUAGGGAAUUACCUGCCUAAUAUGAGCAGCUUUUAAACCCCAAGACAUCCAUCGUUAGUGUGAAAUUCGUAAAUGUGACUGACCU